AUGGUGGAGUACAACAGCGCCAAUGGCCACGCCGCCGGCGUCACCAUGAAGAAGAGGAACAGGAGAGAGGGAGAAGUUGGGGGUUUGGCUGGAGAGGACGCCGAGAACUUCGACGAGAAGGCGUACUCGGUGGAGAGGGCGUUUGAUGGGAAGCCGGUCCCGCCGUGGCAGCAGCAACUGACCUUUAGGGCCUUUGUGGUGAGCUUCUUCCUGGGGAUCAUGUUCAGCGUCAUCGUGAUGAAGCUGAACCUCACCACGGGGGUCAUACCCUCGCUGAACGUCUCCGCCGGGCUCCUGGGGUUCUUCUUCGUCAAGAUUUGGUCCAAGGCCCUUGAGAAAACCGGCCUCCUUCGGCAACCCUUCACCCGCCAGGAGAACACUGUGAUCCAGACCUGCGUCGUCGCCUCCUCCGGCAUCGCCUUCAGCGGUAGAAAAUCAUCCCCGAUUCUGAUUUCUCUCUAGUACUCGCAGCGAUUUAUCCUUUCAUCUUCGACUUCGAGCAAUAGGUGGUUUCGGGAGCUACCUCUUUGGGAUGAGCGAGAAGAUCGCUAACCAGUCCGCAGAGAAGAACGCUGCGGAGAACAUCAAGGACCCCCAAGUGGGGUGGAUGAUUGGGUUCCUCUUCGUGGUCAGCUUCCUCGGCCUCUUUUCUCUGGUGCCCCUCAGAAAGGUGAUUCCCCCUGCGUACAGCUAGAACUGAUGUAGGAUGAACCUAGAAUCCUAGACGAAGGAUUGCCCCAGAGCCGAUUUUAAGCAGGUCGAGGUGUUCUCGUUUCAGAUCAUGAUCAUUGAUUACAAGCUGAUAUACCCCAGCGGCACUGCGACGGCUCACCUCAUCAACAGCUUCCACACGCCUCAGGGCGCCAAGCUAGCGAAGUAAACCCCCCCCCCCUUCUCCGAUGGAACCGCCACCCGAUCCAUACUCCCCGUCCCCCUGCUUUUUCUGAUUACAGAUUCCGGCCGCCCCUUUGCGCAGGAGACAGGUUUCGUUACUGGGGAAGUUCUUCUCAUUCAGCUUCCUGUGGGGCUUCUUCCAGUGGUUCUACACCGCCGGGGACGACUGUGGAUUCAUCAACUUCCCGACGUUAGGCCUCCAGGCCUACAAAAACAGGUACUGAUCAAUCGAUGUGCUUACCAUGCAUUCGAUCUCUCCUAUCUGCGACUUACCUGCAACUCCAACACAGGUUUUACUUUGAUUUCUCCGCAACCUACGUUGGCGUCGGGAUGAUCUGUCCCUACCUGGUGAACAUCUCCGUGCUCUUGGGCGGCAUCCUUUCAUGGGGACUCAUGUGGCCUCUCAUCGAGAAACGAGAGGGCGACUGGUACCCCGUAGGUACUUCUCCCAGUAGCUUGCACGGCAUUCAGGGCUACAGGGUAAGUAUAAAACAGAAUUUUCAUAUCGUGGACACCAUCAUCUCCUCCACCCGAGUUAAUGUCCUCUUUGCCGCUGAAUCUUCCUUCCUCAGAUCUUCAUCGCCAUCGCCUUGAUUCUUGGGGACGGUCUGUACAACUUUAUCAGGGUGAUAGGCAAGUCUGGUUCAGCUUUCGUUGAGCAGGUGCAGCGCAAGAGGAACAGCACGCUCCCGAUGUCGGAGGAAGGCAACUCGGGCGACUCCGCCCCCGUGGUCUCAUUCGACGAACAGCGCCGCACAGAGCUUUUCCUCAGAGAUCAGAUCCCAUUGUGGCUGGCGUGCGGAGGCUACGUUCUCAUCGCCAUCGUCUCCAUCAUUACACUCCCCCACAUCUUCCCUCCGCUCAAAUGGUACUACGUCCUCGUGGCCUACAUCUUCGCUCCAGUUCUCGCCUUCUGCAACGCCUACGGCUGCGGCCUCACCGACUGGUCACUGGCCUCCACCUACGGGAAGCUCGCCAUCUUCGUGAUCGGCGCGUGGGCCGGCGCCGGCGCCGGCGGCGUCAUCGCGAGCCUCGCGGCCUGCGGCGUCAUGAUGAGCAUCGUCUCCACGGCCUCCGAUCUCAUGCAGGACUUCAAGACCGGCUACCUGACGCUCGCCUCCCCAAGGUCCAUGUUCAUUAGCCAAGUCAUCGGCACGGCCAUGGGCUGCGUGAUAUCCCCAUGCGUCUUCUGGCUCUUCUACAAGGCGUUUUCCCUCGGCAACCCCGGAUCGGAGUACCCCGCGCCCUACGCCCUCAUCUACCGCAACAUUGCCGUGCUCGCCGUGGAGGGCUUCGGAUCCCUUCCCAAGAACUGCCUCACCCUCUGCUACGUCUUCUUCGCCGGGGGCAUCUUCGUCAACCUCCUGAGGGACGUCUCCGGCAAGAAGGUGGCCAGGUUCAUCCCCAUCCCCAUGGCGAUGGCCAUCCCCUUCUACCUCGGGCCCUACUUCGCCAUCGACAUGUGCGUGGGUAGCUUGAUCCUCUUCGUGUGGGAGAGGACCAACAAGGCCAAGGCGGACGCCUUCGCCCCUGCUGUGGCCUCGGGCCUGAUCUGCGGGGACGGCAUAUGGACCCUCCCGCAGUCCAUCCUCGCCCUCGCCAAGGUGAAGCCGCCCAUCUGCAUGAAGUUCCUCUCCAGGGCGGCUAAUGUCAAAGUCGACAAUCUCCUGUCAUCGUGA